AUGCUUAAUAAAGUAUUGCUAAAAGGUGUGAGAGGUGUUACUGGUGGCGGACUGACCCUGAGCCGAGGCCUUGUGUUGCAGAGCGCCCUGUACCCCCCGUCGGUCCUGCACCAGCUGACUCAGGCUGCCGAGGGGCCCGAGGGGGUUAACUGCCCCAUAUGCGGCGUCCAUUUCAGUGGCAAGUACCACAAGUACAACCUGAAGCGGCACAUGGACAUCCACCGCGGCGUGCGGCCCUUCAGCUGCCACCACUGCGGCCAGCAGUUCAACCGCCGCCACAACCUCGACCGCCACAUGGAGCGCCUCCACAACAUGCAGUCGCAGCCGCCCUCCUGAGCGUCCGCAACCCGAGGGCGUCCGGCUGGGCGCGGGGAAAGUGUUGCUAAAGUAAAUGCUCGUCUUGCAAGAGCGCUGCGUCUCUUUUUCAAUGGACGAUUUCCCUCAGCGUUCGUGGUGAAAGAAAUCGUUAGAAAAGAGACUCCCUUCCCUCCAAGGGCCCCUGGAAAGAAAAAGUAACUGAAAUGUCACCCGCCAACGUACCGAUAUUAAAAAAAAUGCUGUAAGUAGCCGAACGAAAGCCGAGCAUGGCGUGUUGCAGGGAGGGAGAGCUGCGUGAAUGACUGGCAGCUGCACGAGAAGGCAGUGUUGCAAUCCUAACAGUGCAAUGGCAACUGAAGGUCUUUGAACUUUGCAGGGGGAGGGAGGAGGAGGAGGAGGAGCACCGUACGCGCAGACGGCGUGGCAACAGGACCACAGAGAACGGGGCGGUUCCUUAGCGUCCGGCGAGGGAGUUGCAAGGUGCCAUCUGUGCAACAAGACCUUCCACGGACGCUACCAGAAGUACAACCUGAAGCGGCACUUGAGCAUCCACGCCGGGGAGAAGCCGUUCCUGUGCCCCUACUGCCCGCACCGCACCAACCAGAAGUACAAUAUGCAGCAGCACCUCCUCGUGUGCCGCAGCCGCCCCAUGCAGCCUGCGGGCCCAACGGCGCAAAUGCAGACGCCGCAGUGACCGCUCUGCCCGACGCGACCCUCUUCGCCUCCUCGGCAUUGCAAGGAACCGCGGAAUGGGGAAAUAUCUGCGGUUCUGUGUUGUCUGGAAGGGUCGUGACUGCGCAGGGCCCGGGCGAAGGUGCUGUGCUUGUUGAGACCUUUUUGCAGUGAAGAGUGUGAUUUAUUUUCACGAUCCCUUUUUUGUUAUUUUCAUUCGUUACGAGUGUUGUAAUGAAUGUGUAUGUGUUUUGUUACAAAAUUUGGCGAUUUGUAUUAUUUUUUGUAACGUUGACUAUGAAAUUUAGUGUCACAACAAAAUACAAAAUGUCCAAUGAUUAUGUUUUCGAAAGUUAUACACGAAUUUAUUGUCACCCUUAGGUAAUGAAGAAGAAAGUAUUGUCAUAGACCCGAAUAAAAAAAGGAAAGAAACCAUUAUAGCAUUAAGCAUGUAUACAAUUUGAAACUGCCCCGUUUUUUUUUCUUUUUUCUUAUCUUUCUUUUCGUUUUUUUUUUUUUUCCACGCGGAGAGUCCGUUUAACACUACUAUUGUGAUCUCUUCACAUGUAUACUGUAUAUAGUAUGUAAUGUAUAUAGAUGAAUGUGUAUAUAUAUAUAUUAUAUAUUGUCAUGCUUUAAGAUGGAAUGUCUUUGAGCAAUCAGUGUAUUCCACAUCUUUGCAUCAAUGAGUAAACUAUGAUUUUUUUUCAUAUGUUUAAAGUCUGCUGAUACUGAAUUGUAUUCUGUGAUUUUAGGAUAUUAGAUAAUUUAAUAAUAAAAAUAAAAGAUUCAGUUUA